GCUGCUGCUGUAGGUGGGUGAACACCUCUGGUAUAGUGCUGCUGCUGUAGGUGGGUGAACACCUCUGGUAUAGUGCUGCUGCUGUAGGAGGGGUGAACACCUCUGGUAUAGUGCUGCUGCUGUAGGAGGGUGAACACCUCUGGUAUAGUGCUGCUGCUGUAGGAGGGUGAACACCUCUGUUAUUAGCAUUGAUGAAUCAUCACCAAAACUGAGAUUGCGCAUAGAAAAUGGCUGCAAUGUCUCCUUCACAUCCUCCUAAUGACCCUGACUUAGAAAUUAAAGUGAAGAAAGCAUUGGAGCGUGUCAGCGAAAAUAUUCACAUAUCAGCCAAUGAGCCCUCGCUGGCAGUGUACCGCCUUCAGGAACAUGUUCGUCGUGCCCUGCCUCCUACUGUCACACGUCGCCAGCAUGUUACUGCACUUCAUUCACAGCUACAAGGAGCGUGUUAUGAUGUGGAAUAUGCUUUAGGUGCUGUGAGAGUGAUGAAGGAUGCAAGUGAAAAGUUCACUUCUCUGCAGGAGCUCUUGAAGAGUGCCAUAUUUCAUCGCCAGCAGCUGAAGUACGAACAGACACGCAGGAAGCAACGGGAGCCGAGCAUGUACAAGCGCCUCUCUUCCCACAUCACCUCCAUCGACCUUCCUGACCUUCCCGACCUACCGGAUGCUUUCAGGGAAACUGCCUCUCGUGUUGAGUCAGCCCUUCAGCAUGCCAGAAGCUCUUACGAGAGUCACGCUCGUAAGGAAAAGGAAAAGGGAGAUAAGAAAGACACGGAUCAGUCUGAAAAGAAAGAGAACGAAAACACAGACGAAAAGGAGAAGAGUGAGGGCUCCAGUUAGCAGCAUAAAACCCCUUGGAAUGAAGAUUAGAGAAAAAGAGAACUCAAAAACUAUUCCCUUCUAAAUCUGAUCAGUUCUGGAAAUAAUUUUGGCCAUAUGAAUUCUAAGUAACAGGUGAAUUUAGCCAAGUUAUUAAUUACUAUAACUGCAUUUUUUCCCAAAAGUUUAUGUAAGAAUUAUUUAGUUUGAAAAACAAUACAUUGAUAAAUGCAGUUGCUGGUAUCAGCACUAGUGGAGAAUGAAUAUAUAGGGGAGAGUUGGUCAGCCACAACAAUUAUUUGGCAUUCUGGAUAUCACAGUUUUGGACAAAUGACAUUAGCGCAUACUCAUUUUGCAGCCUUUUGCCUAGGCUACAACUAAUCCAUAUAUAAGGCCACUGCAUAUUUUGAAUUUGAGCAAGGUAAUCACCUAGUUGUACUUGCAGAGUUUGAGCUUUGACUCUUUGGUUCUGCCUCUCAACUGUCAAUCUACUAGUGUACAGGUUCUUGAGCCUAUUGGGCUCUUAUCAUAUCUACAUUUGAAACU